AUGGGAACUUGUUGUACAAAUAAUACACAGGAGAAGGAACACUUUACUGUAAUAACAGCUCCUAUAUAUAUAAAUAAUGAAAAUUUAGAGAUUGGAAUAUAAACUAAAAUCAAAGAAUCAAAUGAAACUCCAAGUUCACCCAUUAGAUCAGAGAAAAUAGAUGUAUGGUUUAAAAUUAAAAUCUAGCACAGGAUGAGAACUAUGGAUGUAUUAAGAGUUAUAGAGGAGUUCUGAUUAAUAAUGCUAAUGUAUAUAUACAUUCCUUUAAUAGGAUAGAUUUUCGAUGAAUAAACUUCACUUGCUAUAAAGAUAUUUAACUCUUUAGGUAAUUAUUCUGGCCAAUUUAAGGUCCUUUUCCAUUUCUAGUCGUUAAAGAUCAAACACUUACUUAUGUUGGUCCAGUUUAAAUCGAUGAAGGGUAUAUAUAAAAUUGUAAUAAGAAUGAUUUACUAAGGAUAAUGGUUGGAAGGAAGGAGACAUGGUUUUGGAAAAUAACUCUAUUCUUUUGGAUCAAUUUAUGAGGGAGAAUGGUACAAUGAUUAAUAGCAUGGUUAUGGAAGAAUUGUUUUAUCAAAUGGAGAUUAGUAUAAUAUCAAUAAUAACUUAAGUUAUGAAGGUUAAUGGAUAAAUGAUAAGGCUUAGGGCAUAGGAAAAUAUGUAACUAUUGAUGGAACAACAUAUAAUGGUGAUUGGGUUGAGGAUAAAUAACAUGGAGUAAUAAAUUAUAUGAUAUUGAGAGAGGAAUUGAAUAUUGGAAUAAUGGACAAAGAUAUGAAGGCACUUAUUAACAUGGAGAAAAAAAUGGUUAUGGUAUUUUUGAAUGGUCAGAUGGUUCCAAAUAUGAAGGAGAAUUACUUAAUGGAAUGCCUCAUGGUAAUGGAGAAUAUUGUUGGAAAGAUGGAAAAAGGGUAAGAUUCAUAUUAAUUCAUAGUAUAAAGGAGAAUGGAUGUUGAAUCAAAUGAAUGGAUAUGGAAUUUAUAUAUGGCCGGAUGGUAAGAUUUAUAAAGGAAAUGUAUAAAAAUUAACUUAAUUUUAGUUUGAAAAUGAUUAAAGAAAUGGAUAUGGAGAAUUAGAUUGGUAAGAUGGAAGAAUUUAUAAAGGAUAAUGGAAAAAUGGAAAAUAACAUGGAGAAGGGACAUUUACUUAUAAUAACAAAGUUAGAAAAGGAAUUUGGUAAAAUGGAUAGCCUAUCAAAUGGGGACAGAGUGAAAUAUUAUCAUUAUAAUGA